AUGGAUGCCGACAGCUUGCCGGAAGAUCCUGCAGAGUUCAAGGGCAAGCUCAAGUGGCGGCAGCAGAAGCAGCCAAGGUCAAAAUUAGGCUGGUUUUCUCAAGAAAAAAGGGAGAGGCAAAGCCGGCGAGAAGAGGAGCUGAAGCGUCGCUUGGCGUCCGUGGAUGUGAGUCUGGAGGAUGAUGAAGCCUUCGCAGCUUUUGCCAGAGCAACUGCCGAGCAGAAGGAGCGGUACGGUGAUGUACUGGCAUCGUUCUUUUCGUGGAUGACAGCUGGCAGCACAAGCAAGUCCGCGGUCAGUUACAUGCAGCAGGUUAAAAUGUUGAUGGAGCGCUUCCAGCCAGACCUGCAAACGCUGGUAACGCAGGAGUUCCUGGCUCUUGUGAAGAAGACCAAGGAGAACCACAAGCGAAAUAACCUGGUUGGAGCCGGCUUGAAGAAGUUCUGUGAUUUUGUGGAGUCUCGUGGUGGGCUCUCUUUGCCCUGGGAGGCCAAAGCAGCUGCAUGUGAUGAGCGCUUCAGGAUGGAUUUCCAGCGCUGGAAUAAGAAGUCGGUUGCACAGCCCACUGGGCGCAGCCUCCUCACGACGCACUUUGCCGUCAAGCGGAAGGAGCCCGAAGAGGCGAAGGAGGCGAAGGCGCCCGAAGAGGUGAAGGAGCCCCAGGAGAAGGCAAAGAAAACGAACCCACGUCCCCGCAAAAUCCAGGCAUUCGGGAAGCGAUUCCAGAAGGGAAAAGGCGAAUCCAAAGAAGCCUGCCAGGCCCCUGCCACUGAGCCGGCACGCGCUGUGGCAACUCCGCAGAGAUCAGACGUCUCCCAGCGAGCAUCACGCCGGGAAAGCGGAGAGCAGGCAGCCUCAACCCCUCCGUCCAAAGGUGUGCCAGUCGCAGAGGAGACUCCAGAGAAGCCAGCUCCAGCUUUAAGGCCAAGCGACAUGAAGGAGAUAUCCGCUCUCCGCAGUGCUAUGCUUGCAUCAGCCAAGCAACAAAACUACGCAAAGGCGAAGGAGCUAAAGCAGCGGCUGCUAAAGCGCUGCGAAGAAAUCGGGUGUCCAGUGCCUACUACUACUGUCUCGGGAGGCCCAGAGGAGAAGGGUGCAAAGGGGAAGCGUGCUCACAGAAAGGAGCGCGAUGAUCAAAAGAACACUGAAGAAGGGUGUGAGGAUGCCGAACCGAUGGAUCGCUUUGAAUUUGCCCGCGGCAUCCUGAAGGAGAAAUUCCCCUUGCGGUUUCUCAAUGACUGCUCUCCAGAGGAUGAUGCAGAGAUCCUCCAAGAAAACGAGCGAAGAGCCAUGCGACGCGCCAAGAAGGAAGAAGACGAUCAGGAUGAGGAUGCAGAGGAGGAUGAGGAGCAGCGCAAGGCGCAUGAAAUGAAGAAGGCUUUAUCCAGUAUACCAGAUGCAUCCGUUGAAGAUGUUGACCGGUUUCCGGCAGUUGCAGCAACCUUCAGAGAGUGGCUGUCAGCCCAAAACAUGCCACAGGAGGACGUGGAGGCCUCGGUCCAGGUGCUGCAUGACCUGUUCACCCAAGACGAGAAGUCGCUGGAUGCGAUGGCCGAGGAAGCAUACGUCAAAGUUGCUUCCAAGCAGGAAUCGCACGCCAAAGUUGCGCAGCAGUUUGCAGCAUUUUGGGCGGAACGAAGGAAUGGCCCUUGGUGCCCAGCACCUGCGCGAGUGGAGCGGAAGCUGGAAGCGCGCUUGCGGCUGCAGCACAUGAUACCGGAAACUUGGAGCUUGCGCGUCGUCCAGCGGGCUAACAAGGAGGAUCUUGUCAUCCUGACAGCCCCUGAUGGCACAAAGCAGUUCGCAGAAACCUCUAAGUUUGCGGAGCACCCCGUGUUCCUUAGCAAGGACUUUCAAGCGGAGCAGAAGCGCCGCUCCGAUCUAGCAGCGGCGACCACAGAGCUGGAACAGGCUAAGCUUAGGCUUGAGCUGGAGAAGGGCCGGAAGGUUGAGAAGCCAAAGGUUCUGGAUGUGGCAGAUGCCACCCAGGCGGUGCAGGAUAGCUUGAGCGGAAGCACAGAAGCGAAGGCGUCCAUGCUGCGCGCUGUUCUGCGGCAACACCUGGGCUGCUCGAGUUGUGGACGGCUUUCCACAAGGGAGCUGGAGCGAAUGUUCAGCACUGCCUGCACUGCAGAAGAACACAGCUGGUCCUCGUACGAUGAUGUUCCUGAUGCCUCGCCAGAGGAUGUGCAGCAAUAUCCGCGUGUUCUGGCAACGUUCUUCCAGCAGGGCUACCCGUACAUGAACGGCGUGAGGCGGCUGAUGGAGCUUCACAAGAAGACGGCCUGGGAUAUGGCAACUCCAGCAUUUCAGCGCCUUGUCCGGAUGGACCCCGAAAACGCAAGGUGCAACGGCUACUUGAACUCCGCGAUCUUAUACCUCAGGAAGUUCCGUGAGACUGGGGGCUUUGACCAUCUCACGGAUGUCUCCUCCAUUGAUCCAUACAAGCUGCAGAAGAUGUUUACCCCGGACUUUGACAGAGAGACUGGCAAGGAACAAGAGCACUUCGAUGAUCUGCAGGUGGACAUGCCAUUAGAGCUGGUCAUGGCAGAUGCUACAGAGAACUGGCUUGCGGAGCUUCGCGAGAAGGUCGACUAUGAUGGUUAUUUGCAUGAGGAUGUCGAUGCCCGCGGACAGCGGCCAGUGGCCCUGAGCGUUGCGCUUCUCGCUGAUGCCACCGACGAGGAAUGGGCGCUAUGGCCUAGGAUCCUGGCCAAGUUCGAGCAGCAGUGCAAGCAAGAUUCGGAAGAGGACAAGCCGAUUAAGCGUGAGGCAGAAGCAGAUGCCCUGUUCUUGGCAAUGAAGGACCUCGUGGAAGAGCAUGGAAAGAGUCCGGAUGCCAUGGCGGCCGAGAAAUAUCUCAAAAUCAUCAAGACCACAUACACCAGCUCAUCGCACAAGGACCGCGCUGUCGCUGUUGCAAAGUUCGCGGACUUCUGGGUGGCAAACAAGGAUGGUGAGUUUCCGGAGCCGAAGGUCCACAUCAUGGCCGUGAAGAAGUACCAGCUCAUGGAUCGACAGCUUGUUGAGCAGGCGAAGCAAACUGCAGCAGAGUGGCUUCUGCCUGCUGGCUGGGCUGUGAAGCUUGGAAGAGAUGGCCGACUCAUCAAGGUCACAGGGCCCGGUGGCAAGACAGACUUCUACCGCACCAAGGAAGCGGCUCUUGAGGCUGUGGAGGGCAAGGCCAAGCGGCAGGCAGAAACCGCCAAGGCCCGACAUGAGCAGAUGGUUUCGGCCAAGGAGGCACACACGGAAAGGACAGAGGCAGGCCUGCGCAGACAAUUAGCCAAGGCAGUACGGGAGGAGGAUUACGAUCUCGCAGAGCGCCUGCAUGCCGAGCUGAACGACAGGACUUCGGCUGGGCGCCCCAGCCGGAGAGGCACAAUGCCGAUCGUGGCUCGCAGUGCGGAGGAUGUGGCGCGCCGGAAAGGGACGGGACGAGGCGUUGUGAAGCGCAAGACUGACGCAGAGGAUACAAAUCCGAGCCCGUUGAAAGUACGCAAGGCCAUGGGGCUCAAGCAUCAGCAGAAGCACGAGGUGGCCAGAAGCGAGCUUACUCUCCGUGCAGGGGAAUGGCGCUUGCAGGGAGUCCGUCUAAAGAACGGCUCCGUGGUCCCUCUGAACUCCGCAGCGCUGCAGGGCCUGUCCCCGGACGCUGUGGUCCUUGUGCUUGUCUACGUGGACGAGGAGGUGCGUGAAAGGAAGAGGAGGCAGAUCAUUGAGGAUUGGGGUUUGGACGACACCUGGACAGUGACGGUUCGCUACCGUCUUUCUGGACACCAGGUUACAGCCAAGCGCGCUGACGGCAAGGUUUUUCUAAGCAAGCACGAGGUGGUCUGUGACAGGGACCGCGAGGCAUUGGAGCAGAUUUCGCAGCAGGCCACGGCACGGGCCCAGGAUGUCCAGGCCCUGCUGUCCAGCCAUAGCCAGGCAUCUCUCCCAGUCUGGGAGUUGGAGGUCAAGGAGAUGCCUUUGCUUUCUGGGCUUUACGUCGCUGAAGGGGAGUCCUUUGUCAAGGUCUCAUGCCUUGGACCUGGAGACCAGGUGAAGGUGUGUUAUGCUCCAGAUGACCACGCGGGAGGAGAGAUGGCCUGGAAGUUCAUGGACACAUCCGAGAAAGUUCUGGCAAGAACCCCUGCAGUUGAUGCUGGCACUCAAAGAAGUCCCUUCGACUUCCAGCAGUUGAAUCUGCUGGCUGAAUCUGAUGGAGAGGAACAGCACACUGCAUGGGUUACAGCGGAUGCUGUUGGUACCUUCAUCGCGCCUGAAGGUGUUGUCAGUCGUGUGUGCACCCACUUGGGCCAAGCCUUCGGCCCUUGCUGCCGCUUUUGCGAAGCUGGAAGGUCAGAACGGAGGCGCUCCAUCAAUGUCCAGCGAACGCGGGAAAGCAAAGCAAAGCCAGAGCGGGUGGACCGGGAUGCUUUAUACGAGUCCAGGCUGCUGGAGCUUCAGCAGCGACGCGACACAGCUCCCCGCACAUUGGCCGGAAUGGCAUCCCGCAUGCUUGAGAAGCUGCAGGCGUUUCAGGCUGCAGACUCCCUUCCUGAAGCGCUGUUGCAGAAAAAGGUACUGCGGAUUGGAACCAUGUGCUCUGGCACCGAUGCUCCCAUGCUGGUUGCGAGGGCCCUGGAACGCGCUCUGCGUCCGCUUGGAUCAAAGCUGGGAUUCCAGCACGCAUUCUCUGUCGAGUAUGAUGCCAGGAAGCAGGAGUUUCUCCAAGCCAACUUCCCAGAGUGUCCUUUGCUCUUCAAAGACUGCGUGCAGAUGGGUCGAAAACGAGCUUGGGAUGUCCUUUCCAGAAAGCCGCAACCGAUCCCCAACGACCUGGACAUCCUGAUCGCGGGCUUCAGUUGCAAGGAUUUGUCUCUCAUGAACUCUUACAGAAAGGCGUUGCAGGAGAUGGGUCAAUCCGGGUCAACUUUGCGAGGAGUUCUGGAUUAUGCAGAGAGACACCGCCCUCGGUUGAUUCUCUUGGAGAACGUGUGGGCCAUUACCAAGAGCAACAGCAUCGGCUUCAAGCAGGUGGACUUGGUUAUGGAAGGCCUCAAGGAACGAGGCUAUGCAGCCGGCUACCGCCUCCUCAACAGCUGUGACUACUUCAUUCCCCAGAUCCGGCACAGGAUUUGGAUGUGGGCCAUUCGCCUAUCAGAAAAGCCGCCAAAGGGCUUGGAGGAAGCCAAGCUCCUUCGAGAACAAGCUGAGCUGAUCAGCAAGACGGUGCAUCCAAAGUUCAAUGACAUCCUCGUUGCCUUGGAAGAGCCAUGUGCGCUCCACUUUGAGGAUUACAUGCUCGAUGACGAUCAUCCGGCAGUCAGGGCACAUUUUCAGGCAGUGAAAGCCAAAAGGCGAAGCUGGGUUGCUAAGAAGAAGGCUGGGGCCAAGUUAGAUUGGACUCAGAAGUACGACUGCCACAGAACAGAGCACGACUACCAGUAUGACCGGCCCUACACCGCGGUCCGUGACGCAGAGUUCCUUCAGGUUUUGAACGAGCGAGAGAAGGAGCUUGUAAACCUGAAAUGCUUGGACGUCAUGAAUGAGCAGGGCAAGGACCCGCGCACCUUUCCAAUGCUGUGGGAGCUGUCCCAAAGUGUUGAGCGGGUGCCAGGAACAAGGGUUCGACGUGACCGGCAGAACUAUGCCAGCUGCAUUUUGCCAGGCACCCUUUGGCACUCAAGCCGGCGACGGUGGGUGCUUGGCAUCGAGAAGCUGGCGUUGCAGGGGAUCUUUGCGGAGGAUCUGAAAGACACGGACUUCCCGCAGAAGUUGCUGGGUGAUCUUGCAGGAAAUGCCUUUACAACGUCCGUCUGCGCAGCCAAUCUGAUCGCUCUCCUGACUUGCUCUGAAACUCUGGCAAAAUGCCACCAGAACUGA